CCCGGCCCGCCCCCCGCGGGGUGUGUCUCGGGACCACGCCCAGCUGGGCAGGGACCGGCGGGUUGAGCUGCUUGAGCGCAACUAGGGACUUGGAGGACGCCCGGGAUCACUCCGGUGCUGUUGCAGUGGUUUCCGCGUCUGAAACACGCCAUGCUGAGCCGGCGCCGCGUCUUUGCGGUGGAGCAACUUGGCGGCCGGGAUGGGGCCUUUGAGGACCUGGCACAAGGCUGUGUGGUGCCAGGAGUCACUUGCACCUACAGACGGAUACCAGACAAAACUCACGGGUGUUCAUUGGACUUCAGGGAGGGACGGAGUGAGCUGAGAGGUCUGGAGAGACAGAUGCCACUUCUGAAAUUGGCUUCCCAGGACUCAGGCAUGGAGAUGGUGGUUGGGGACAGCUCCUUGGCUACCUUAUCAGGACUUUCUCAAGAUUCUCUAAACCUUGAGCCCAUGGGGAGCCCUGAGCUGCCUCCUGCCCCGCUAGACCGGCUGCUGGCCAGACGAAAGCUGGAACAGGUGCUGGAGAGGUCUCGAGAGUUUCCCAGCUUGUCUGGGCGGCAUGGCUCCCUGCAGCUACGGAACAAGCCUGUAGGUGGAGUGUCCAUCUUUGUAGGAGAACAGGAGUCCACUGAGGCAGAUACUGAGCUAGAGGCUAGUCUGGAAGAAGCAAAGGAGGUGGGUAGUAUGGAGUCUGGAGCCUCUACCUGCCUCCCCGGGCAGGGCUUGCGUUACCUGGAACACCUGUGCCUUGUGCUGGAGCAGAUGGCCAGGCUGCAGCAGCUGUACCUGCAGCUGCAGACCCAGAGACCCUCUAGGGACCCUGAGGAGGAAGAAUUGGUUCCAGUUCUUUCAUCAUCACAUAUCCCUGACAAUAGGGUCCAGGGGCACAGAGAGGAGCUGAGCCAGACAAAGGAUCCAGGUGCAGAGGCAGCUUCACUCCCACAGGUGGGUGUGCUUGUUGACAGCCCCUCCAGUCUGCCAGAGGCCUUGCUGGAACCAACCCACAUCCUUCCACCCUCCCAGGAGCACAAGCAGGAUCUCUCCCACUGGGAUAAGGUCAAGGUUCUGCUCAAUCGGAUCCGUUGGAGGAGCCCUCGACUUCCUGAGCCUCCUGUUCCCCCUGAUAGUUCUGGACCCAGGAUGGAGUUCAGGAAUCUCUCUGAAAGGACUCCAGGCCAUUCCCAACGGAAGAUCUUUAUUCCAACAUUGGUCGUUAAGAAGCCACGAGCAAAAAAUCUUUCUGUAUGACCUCUUGGCACCUGAGUGGAGAGGAUUUGCCAAGAAGUCCCUCACAUUUUGGCUUACUGCUGCUUCUCUGCACUGCCAGGAGAAGCGAUUGGUGCUUGCUCCUCUUCACGGUGAAGGCCAAGUCCUUCUCUAAGCAUUGAGGCAAAGAGCCCUGGUUUCCCAAGAGGCACUCAAGUGCAGUUUCAGCACUCUUCCCGGGCUCUUCCUCUUUGUCAUAAAGCUCUGGGCUUAAGCAAAGUGAACUGACUUAUUUAUCAGGUACUCACAGAGUAUGUUAGUAUGGGAAUGUGUCUGCAUGUUGCAGAUGUAUGUCUAUGCUAUCUUUGUUGGACUUUUGACUGCCUGAAUCCAAUCAUCUGAUGGAAUAAUUUGUCCAAAGGGUUGGUGUUUUGGGUGUCACUGGAAGGAUGGCACUGAUCUUCAUUCCACAAUGAACAGUUACUGAUGUGGAUUUCUUCCUCAUACUGGAGACAGCAGCCCUAGGACCAAGAAUAACACUGCCUUGGGUACCUUUGUCAUAAGUCAUGGCUCUGGAGCACAGCCCUUGAAGACUGAAUGAGGAAUGGGGGGGGGGCACAGAGAUCAUGAACAUUGUGAGAACAACAUAUAAUUUGCAGGGUCAACUCUAAGAUGCUGUGUUGUAUCCUGGAGUUUAGACCAUAGCAAAGUCUCUUAAUUUCUGAGCCACAGCUUCCUACUUGGGAUGAUGCCUGCCUUACCUACCUCAUAAGCUUGUUAGGAGAUAAAGUAACAUUAAACCUUC